UAUUAGCCCUCGGUUAGAAAAGCACUUGAACAGAAAAAAGGAAGGAAAAAUGAAUGCAUGAGUUGAUAUAUAUAUUUGGCUUAGUUUCAUUGUAAUACGUACAAAUAUAUCAUUCUAAAUAAAUUAAAAAAAAAAAAAAAACAACAAACAAAAAAAAAAAACCCCAAACAAACCAAGGGACCUGUAAAUUUUCAAUGAUGUUCAAAUUAAAUUGAAAUAUGUACCCCCUCCCUAUAUACAUGUAACUCUAUACAAUUACCAAUUUCUCCCACUGAUUUGGACUUAAUUGAGAAAUCAUGAGAAUACAUUACAUUCCAUACGAUAAAUAGUACUCAUUCUACUUAUAAAAAUGAAAUUUUAGUUUUCAUCAUUUUUGAAAAAAAAAAGUUUGUGCAGCAAGUUUCGCUAACCCGAACUGUAGUGAAAAUCAACGAUAUCUCUGUCGGCCCUACUAAACAGAGAACCCUAGAGUCGAUAUCUCUGUCGGUCCUACUAAACAGAGAACUAUAGAGUCGAUAUCUCUGUCAACCCUACUAAACAGAGAACACGAAUCGAUAUCUCUGUCAACCCUACUAAACAGAGAACUAUAGAGUUGAUAUCUCUGUCAACCCUGCUAAACAGAGAACCCUAAAGUCGAUAUCUCUGCCGGCCCUACUAAACAGAGAACUCCAGUAAAGAUAUCUCUGUCGGCCCUACUAAAUAGAGAACCCCAGAGAUAACCCUGGAGAUUUUUAACUAUUACAAGUGUGUACGUAGAUUGGUUGACUAGAGUAGUUAUUGAUGAUAGUUCAAAUAUUAAUCAAACUAAGAAAUUUCGAUCCAUUUAUUGCCCGUUUUAUUCAUUUUAUUAAAGAUAUUACACUCUCCCUUUGUCGCUCUCUCUCUUAUUUCUGUAAUAUUCUGUGUUCAUAGUAUAUAUAAAAUCGUGAUCUAUCAAACAGCACCAUUUGUCAAGAAGCUAAAUUUUCAUAUGUCCAAACAAAAAAAAAUAAUUCUGGAAAAUAUGAAUUACAAAGGAACUUUUGAGUUCUUUAGGUAACAGAAAUUAACGAGCGGCGAAAGUGGGCGUUUUUCUCCAAUAAAAUGGGUUAUAGAUGGAUGAAAAGUCGUUAGUUUGAUUGUACUAUUAUCAAUAAUCCAUGUAGUUAAACAGUCUACCCAUUUGAAAUAAUAUAAAAAUCCCCAGGACUCUUUCCAGUUCUCUAAGGUUCGCUGUUUAGCAAGACCCUGUCUCUGUUGCACUUUGUAACAGCAGGUUAUGGAACGUACACGUGUACUAUUAAAAGGAUCUGUCGUCUUCUGGAGAUUACAAUAUAAGACAUACGUUCCAAAAACCUUGAUUAGGAAGUUCUCUUUUGACAAUAGCUAAGGUGAAAUAAGCGAGAAAGUAACAAAUAAUUUGACGGUGGGGUAUUUUUUUUUUACUUGUACAAGGAGUAGAGAAAAACUUUUUAAAAGUCUGCAAUAAUCAGACGAAGAGAUCAAUGAUCUGUGUUCUUACACCCCCCUUUAAAAACGUACAUCAUGAGAUUCAAACAGACUGCAAAUUCUUUCUCAAAUUUAAAAUUCAGUUUGUGGGUUUUGUAGCAGGCACUGAGCAAUAUAGCGGCCCUAGAGACAAGAUUGUUCUUAGGCACAAAGGCUCUAUUUAAACGAAUCCAUUGUUAUCUUCCACUGAUCUGUUAGCUCCGCAUCAAAACAAUAAUUAAUUUAAAAUACGAGUCAAUUUCAGAUUAAUUUGGUUCCCAAGGGGGUAUUCAAAUAUUCGGGGGUAUGGACGUUUCUUAUUUGAAAUAUGGUAAAAAGAAAAUCGAAUUAUUUAUUGCAAUCAGUAUUAUUUCUAUUUAAAUUAUUUCAUUCUUUUUCCCCUACGCAUAAACAUAAAUAUAUCUUAAUUGUUUUGUUACAACUCCCCUAUCCAACCCCAGUAGCAGUUUAACCGUUUUAAAAAUGAAUUUCUGUAUCAUUGCAAAGCAAAUGUGUUCAUUAAAAUGGAGGUCCAUAAACCUAAAUGAGAAGUACAACGGAAUUAGAUGAAUAUUGGUUUUGCUUGUUACCGGUGUCAAAGGUCGGGUGGCCUUCUAGUGGAUUAAGAAACAAUGGAGGAGGUCUUCUCCAAGGGUUCCUCUCGCGGUACACCAGUCAAAACUCGAGUAGGCAUCGAGGAUGACCAGGAGACAGUUUUGGAUAUAUCAGUACCACAUGUUCCUUACGAUGAUACCGGAAGGAGAACGUACGAGAAGAUUUGUCAGAAACUGGGCGUGGUCCCUUCCUCCAAAAUUCUGAAGAAGUUGGCGGAGUCACCGAACAUUGACGUCAAACACUACGGACUGGGACCCAAGGGGACAAUGGCGGUAUCAGUGGCUCUAGUGAUCAACUCCACAGUCACAACAUUAAAUAUCAGUGGUAACAACAUCGACAAGACGGGGAUACUGUACAUCCAGAGAAUGAUGGAAGAGAACCUCACUAUCACAGACCUGGACGUGUCCGAUAAUCAUUUAAAAACAUUUGGAGCCAAAGCAAUAGGAAUGAUGUUGCACGACAACAAAGGGAUCAAGAGGCUAAACAUAGCAGGAAACGAAUUCACAGAUCUGGAUGCACCAUUUCUUACCAAAGAAAUUGAGAUCCACCCUGCUCUUGAGUAUCUGGACAUUAGUCAUAACGAGUUUGGAGAUUUAGCAGGACCUAGCUUCGAAAAAAUGAUAUCUGAAAACAACAACAUGACAGAGCUGAACAUCAGCUGGAAUCAGUUCAGAAUUCCGGGUGCAAAAUGUUUAGCGAGAGGCUUGAGAGACAACAUGAAGUUGAAGUUGGUGAAUGCUUCGUGGAAUGGUCUCGAUGAUGAGGGAGCCAUGGCGUUUUCCGACUGUCUGGCAAACAACGCCGUGUUGACGGAACUCGAUAUCUCAAGAUCACGCAUAGGAAACAUGGGUUACGCACAAGUCAUGAGAGCCUUAAAGAAAAAUGAGGACUUGGAAGUCUUACGGAUCGGCAAAAACAACAUAACAGAGGAAACAGUAAAGGUGUCGAUAGAUCUUCUAAAGGAGAUGCCAUCUCUAGCGCUAGUCGUUCUUGAUUUGUCGGACGUGAUGUUAGGAACAACAGUAGCCAAGGAACUGGAAUCUUUGAAGGACACUCAUCCUGACUUAGAGGUCAUUCACGGAUACACAGAUUCCUAUGGGAAGAGGAAGAUGGCCGGUUUUAUGGAUAUGGGAGAGGAGGCUUUGUGGAUAAUUAAAGAGUUUAUUGAGGAGAAGGAUUUAACGGUGGCGAAACUCUUUGCAGAGUUUGAUGAGGACGGAAGUAACAGUGUGGACUAUGACGAAUUCCGGCAGGGAAUCAAGUUAGCUAAGAUUCCACUGUCUUCAUAUCAAGUAGAUGCCUUAAUCGGCUUUAUAGACAUUGAUGGCGAUGGAGAUAUAGAUUUCAGUGAAUUAGUAUUGACAAUGAAAGAAAUAACAAAAAAGCGAAAAGAGGAAGAUGAACAACGCCAGGCCGAGUCACAGAAACGGAGGUAAAGUCCAGAGGAACAUCCAAGUGACAUGUAUACGUAAUUUCCGGUGAAUAUCAAAACGUGAAGACCUCCGAAAGAUAUCUUGCCAAAACUUCCUGUAGUCUUUCACCGAUUUGAACAUACACAUGUGACAACCUCCAAUUGAUUUGCUUUUGAAUGUCGUUACACACUGGAGUUUUAUGAAGUUGUCUUGACAACAAAAUGAAACUGCCAUAGCUUACAAUAUUAUGGAAAUGAUAAUCAUGUUGUUUAUAUUUAUAAACGUAAUUCCAAAAUGUUUGAGAGAUUAAAAGCCUAUGCAUUCUUACAUGUAAUGAUGGAAUCAUAAAAUAAUUCUGAAGAUUACAUGUAUAUAUUAUGCUUAUAUGUACAUUUCAUUACCGUCCCUGAAUAAACUCUGAAAACUAAGUGAAAAUUGUAUUUCAUAUAUCCUAAAUACUGUACAUGACAACAAUUCCUAUCGAUGUACACAUUUGUUAGUGUGAAGCAGCACUUGGGCGUUUAUUACACUGUAGUUCAUUACACCAAAAUUUUAUUCAAUGGCUCAUUAAAACACCUCUUAUGAAGUAUGAUUUUACCAUCAAAAAGUAUCGAUCCUGAUCAAAAUUGAGAGAAAUGACUUAAAUAAUCAUAUUGUUGCUAACUGUACAUGUAUGCACUUUUUAUCAAGAAAUUAGUUUCCUUUAUAAAUUCAUUAAAUUUGUGAACCAUUUUACAUCAAGGGAAAGUAGUUUUCCGAUUACAAUGUACUCUAUGAUUACUCUUUCAUAAUUCCGAUCGGGAUCGAUACUAUUUUCUCUUGGAUAUAUCUAAAAUAAUGUAAUUUCAUUUGAUUUUCUUUUUAAAAUAUAUUUCUUCGAUA